UCCGGUCUUUAUGAUAUAUGGUCGUUGGUCCUUGGUGUUGUUAUACUUGUUUUGUAGGUGAGCUUUCGCUCUUUUUCUGUUAUUAUUAUUUGUUUCGGUUGACACGUUCAAGAAAAUGAAGAAAGAAUUAAAAGGAUUCUAUAAAGUAAAUUUAAAACAUUAUAAUUGUGUUUAUAAUACGGAAUCGGUGGCAAGUGUACGAAGUUAAUACUGUGAUAUAUUAUUGAAAUAGCAUGUCGGUUAUGCACUACUUUCCGUAUUACACCUAUCUGUAAUUCUUGAAAACAAGUUUUCACAUCUUAGGAAGAUGAUCCACACCAACAGAAAUAAGCUGGAGGGAGGUGGGAAGGCGUGGUGGUUGCCGGCUAGGAACAAGAAAGAGCGCUCUAGUUUGUCGGUGAACAGCGUGAAGCAAAGCUACAUGCAGCUGACGCGGGUGUUCUCUGAUGAUGAAGCACAGAUCAACAAGAAGCUGCCGAAGGAGCUUCUGCUCAGGAUCUUCUCGUACCUGGACGUGGUAUCGCUGUGCCGCUGCGCGCAGGUUUCGCGCGCGUGGAAUGUGCUGGCCCUUGACGGCAGCAACUGGCAGAGGAUAGACCUGUUUGAGUUCCAAAAAGAUGUGGAGGGACCUGUGAUAGAGAACCUGUCGCGGCGUUGCGGGGGCUUCUUGCGGAAGCUUAGCCUGCGAGGCUGCCAGUCCAUCGCCGAUGGCUCCAUGAAGACGUUUGCACAGCUCUGCAGCAACGUCGAAGAUCUCAACCUCAACGACUGCCGCAAGCUCACAGACAGCACCUGCCAGUCGCUGAGCAGGCACUGUGCUAAACUGCAGCGCCUCGACCUGGCCUCAUGUCCUUCCGUCACAGACCAGUCGCUCAAGGCCCUGGCUGACGGCUGUCCGCUGCUCGCACACAUCAAUGUCUCCUGGUGCAGUCUCAUCAGCGAGAACGGGGUGGAAGCACUGUCGCGAGGCUGCCCGCGUCUGCGCUCCUUCGCGGCCAAGGGCUGCGAGCAGGUGAGCGACAAGGCGGUGUCGAGCUUGGCGCAGUUCUGCCCCGACCUGCAGCUGGUGAACCUGCACGGGUGCAGCCAGGUGACAGACGAGGGUGUGACGACGCUGGCACGUCACUGCCCCGGCCUGCAGUACCUCUGCCUCUCCGGCUGCACUCACCUCACAGACACGACCCUGGUCGUGCUGGCCCAGCAGUGCCACGCCCUGGGCACGCUGGAGGUUGCCGGCUGCUCCCAGUUCACCGACGCUGGCUUCCAGGCGCUCGCCCGGAGCUGCCGUUUGCUGGAGAGAAUGGACUUGGAGGAGUGCGUGCUCAUCACGGACGCCACGCUCAUUCAUCUGGCCAUGGGCUGCCCGCGCCUCGAGAACCUGAGCCUGUCGCACUGCGAGCUGAUCACGGACGAGGGCAUCAGGCAUCUGGGCACUUCGCCAUGUGCAGCAGAGAACCUCACGGUGCUGGAGCUGGACAACUGUCCUCUGAUCACGGAUGCAUCGCUGGAACACCUCGUCUCCUGUCACAACCUGCAGAGGAUAGAGCUGUACGACUGCCAGCUCAUCACGCGUGCGGGAAUCCGCCGUCUCAGGAACCACCUGCCCAACAUCAGGGUGCACGCCUACUUCGCUCCCGUGACUCCACCCCCCGCCACGGCCGGCUCUCGCCAGCGCUACUGCCGCUGCUGUGUCAUCCUUUGAGCAGCAAGACUUCGAUACGUGCCGUUGGAUGCUGGUGUACUGAUGCCCCAGAUCAUUACUGUUAUUCACUGAUUUUGGUCCAUCGUAAUUAGUGAAACCAUCACCAAUUCUGAAUAUUAGUUAUUCUGUUUAUUUAAGUUUUCGUUCAUUUUAAAAUCUUUUCCAUAUUUGUCAAAGUGUUUGUAUUCUUUUGUGUCAUGUAAGCCUAUGCUGAGUAAAUGACAACAAAAGUGUUUAUUUAAUUAAGAUAGAACAUAACAUGUGGUUGUUCCUAUUACUUUUAUAAUCAGAAAUGGAAUCGGUAAUUACUAAUUAGUAAAGUCAUAUUGGUGCACUGCUGCGACUAUUUUGCUAUUGACUGAUGUCAUAGCAAGAUUUAAAAAAAUUUGUUCUGAGUGGGAAAAUAAUUUAGCAAGGUACUUUGUUCCUGUGGAGCAAUUUUAUUUAUAGCUGUUUCUAAGUAAAGAAUGUUUGUAGUUUUUAUUUAUGAUUUGUAUUACAGUUUUUAAUUUUUUCUGAUAGUAUAAGAUGAUCUGUGGUGACUGAAAUAUAGUAGGCCUAGUUGAUCCUUGCUUUGAAAGCUGCUGUUGAGCAUCACUUGUGAACCACCCAGCAAAGACUUGACAAAUUGCUGUAAGAGGAAUGGUAUUGGAUUAUUAUUUAUUAUCCUUUGACUAGGCCCUGUCCUUAAACUUGCAUCAAUGCUGCAGUUUGUUUCACUUUCAAAUUAAUACUUUUUGAGUAAAAUGUAAAAAAUAAUUGUACAAGAAGUCCUUGCAUGACAGAAUGAAACAUCUUGCUUAUGAAGUAUAGAUAGAGAUAAAUUAUUAGUAUUUUUUUUUAUUUAAAAAGAGAGAUUAAUUGAGAAUAGUAAGGAUGCAGGUAUGAUCUCAAACGAAACAAUGCCUUCUUCAGCAUACUGUACCCUGGCGUCCAUUUACUGGUACUUUUCGGCGCCUCUUUUGGCGGUUUAUUCCCAUGUUGCCUUUGAUAACACUUCUUAUCUGCUUCUGCCUUUUUCAUACCUGCCAACUUUUACGGUUUUCCCGUAAUUUGUGCGGACAAUAAUGUACAUUACGGUUGUACAGAAAUGCUGAACAUCUCAAACUUUUCAAGCUUAUGAUUUAUUUCUCUCUUUUUUCCCCAAUAGUGGAAAUGUUUAUAUUGUUUGCAUUUUGUUUCUGUUACAAUAUGGCAGCUUAUCUUGACUGACGUAUUUUGUCACGUAAACAAGAAAAGGUGAAAAAUAUUGAAUGGAACUAAAUUGAGCUAACCAACUGUACAAUUUCCCCCCACCCCCCCCCCCCCUUCUUUUUCUCUCUGUUAAAUAACCUAAAGGGGAACCUAUUCAUAUUAUUCUAGCUCUGUGGCAGAAAUGGUGGUAUGUGUUGUUAGAUUGUAUUUUUCUGUGUGUCUUCGGAAGUUGAAUGCUUGUGUAUGAAGAUAUUUUGUAUUCAGUGAGUUUGCUUGUGCCAUCAUAAUGUUUAAAAAACAUGUGUUUAGAUAUAUUCGGAACUGUUUUUGUAUAUCAGAGUGGAAAAAAGAAGGCCCAAACUAUGCGUUUUUCAGCAUAUGCUAUGAUUUAAAUGUUUCUUAUGCGGGGAAGAACAAUGUUUCUAAUAACGUGAACUGUUUGAAACACGUUAGUUUAUGAAAUCUGCUGAGGCAACAUUUUCUUUUCGACGAGCCGUACCAGUACUUUCUGAUGUGAUUCAAUCGGAAUGCUAUUUCACCAGUAUUUUAAUAGAACAUAACAGUUUGUUCAGUGCAGCAGAUCAUAUUGGAAACUGGUUUUGGAAAAUGUUCCUGACUUCAGACAGAGCGAAAACUGCAGCUAUAUUCAAAGAAAUGGCUUCGGUAACCUAUAAAGUGCAAUUUCUCAGAAAUUAUUUGGAAUUUAGAAACAAUUUUUUUUAGGGUAAAUAAAGCAACAUCUUUAGUGUUACAAAAAAGUAUUUGUUAUUAUUUUAUUUAUAAAAGCCAGGAUAUAAGAAUAUUACCAUAGUUGUGAACAAUAUAGACUUUUUUUUUUUUUCUACUAGUUGGCUCAUAUCUCUUGGUAAGUUCACCUAUAUUUGAAGCAAUUAGGCUCUGUUCUUUUUUAUGUACUUUAAUUAGUCCUGUAGGUAUUAAGUAGAUUUUGUACAGGUAUGCAUCCAUUAAACUAUUGUGUUUAGGAUGUUAGUUUAUUUACGGUGCAUGUUUCACUGACAUUGAUUGAAUAAUCGCACAUGAUUUACGUAAAAAUUUAGUGUUUUAACACACUUUUAUUAGCUUCACUUGUAACUAUGUAAUCAAAUCUUGAUGUUGAUUUCUGCCUACUUCUAAUUGUCGUAUCGAUUUGAAACUUUGCAAGUAUGUGUAUGUAAUCCUGAUGACAUUACAAUAAUCCCAUGACUAUAAACUGAAGAUGGGGGGAGGGGGGUUUAUAGUGGCAAAAAACUACUACUUAAGAGUUAUGGGCAAAAUACCAGUACUUUCGAGCUAUGGGCAAUAACCAUGCUUAUUGUGUAUCCGUGAGGCCGGAGCUUGGGAAGAGAUCUCCCCCCCCCCCCCUCCCUCCCUCAGAUCCACUCCUUCCACAGGAGGUCAACCCACGAAAUUUUGUAAAUUUCAGAAUAGAUUCUCUUUAAAUUUGUACAGUUUCCAAGCCAUUCAGGGAUCUGAACCUGCUUCUCCCUCAGGGGAAGGUCAUUUGACACUGAUUUUUUUUAAAGCAGGGAAAAUUGACGUACUUUGAUUUUGAUGUGCUUCCUAGGUCUUCGGGCACCAUCGGACUCCUCACGGGAUGGUGGUCAAUUGCCCCCGAAAUUUUUGGGACUGAAAAUUGAUUUAAGUACAUAUUUGAUUGCUUUUUCA